UUUCUGCCCGAGUCGAGAAGGCCACAGGUGAAUGAUUUAAGCGGGCCAGGCUGGAAGUACGGAGACUCAAGCAGCUCUCUCCUGUUUGUGGCUGGCUGCCUCCAGCUCCUGCCCCUACCACAGCCCAAGAAGGAUGACCCCUGCCACGCCUUUUCCUUGGCCCAGUUGAUAAUCACCCCCCUCCAUCCCUGCCAUGGGGUCCCUCUCAUUCUGCCUACUGCUGCUCCUCCUGGCACAGGGGACACCUUCCCUAGAGGAAUCUUGGCAAUGUCCCCGGAUCCCGUACGCCGCCUCCCGGAACUUCAGCGUCCAAUAUGUGGUGCCCAGUUUUGAGGCUCCUGCCCCCAUUCAAAGAGUGAUAGCUUAUGGCGACGGCCAGGUCGUCUUCGUGGCCACUAGGAAUCACCUGUACAUGCUGAGCGCCGACCUGGAGCUGCUCCAGAGCCUGGUCACGGGCCCUGCCGGACACCCCGGCUGCCAGUCCUGCGCAGCCUGUAAUUGGUCAGAGUCCUCACUCCCCGGCACCGGAGACACAGACAACGCCGUGUUGGUCCUGGAUCCUGACCAGCCCUGGCUCUAUAGCUGUGGCUCUUCCCUGCUAGGCCGCUGCUUUGUUCACGAGCUGGACUCUCAGGACAGGGCCCCCCGCUUGGGCCGCACCUCCUGCCUCUGGGACCCCUCGGCCAACAGUCCCCAGCAUUGCCCCGACUGCAUAGCCAGCCCGCUGGGCACCCGGGUGACUGUGGUGCCGCUGGGCUACUCUUCAUACUUCUAUGUGGCCUCCACCCUGAACCAGACAGUGGCCUCCCGCUACAGUCCCCACUCGGUGUCCAUCCGCAGGCUCAAGUCAAACCUCCGAGGCUUUGCCCCCAGUUCUCCAGCUCUGUCCGUGCGGCCCGGGUAUCUGGCCACCUACCCCAUCGAGUACGUCUACACUUUCCACUCUGGCGGCCACGUCUACUUCCUGACGGUCCAGCCCGAGUCCCUGAAGGUUCCCACCACUUUCCACACGCGAUUGGUGCGGCUGAGCGCGACCGAGCCGGACGUGGGGGAAUACAGGGAGCUGGUCCUCGAUUGUCACUUUUCUAACAAGAGGCGGCGCCGGAGAAGACAGGGGGUCAGCCUGGAGAAGGAGACUUACAAUGUGCUGCAGGCAGCCCACGUGGCCAGAGUGGAGUCUUCGCUGGCUGAGGGUCUGGGAGUCCCUGAGGGCCAGAAAGUGCUGUUUGGGGCCUUUGCCGUGAGCCGGGAGGGGAGCCGGCUCCCGCGCCCCAAAUCGGCCGUCUGCGCCUUUUCCAUAAGCAAACUGGAUGAGCUCAUUGACAAUGGCAUGGAGAGAUGCUGUGGGUCUCCGGCCCAACAGGAGCGCCUGGAGCGAGGAGUGGAGUUCUUUCAGCCCCAGAGCUACUGCCCAGAUCCGCCUCAAACAAUAUUCCUGGAUCCCAAUGUCAGCUGCUGGAACUACCCCACAAUGAUCCCCACCAACUACCCCCGAGAGGACCUCCUCAAUGGGCACUUGGACAAUGUUCUCCUUACAGCCAUCCACGUUAUUCACCAGGGCAAUGCUACUGUGGCCCAUAUGGGCACUGCUGAUGGGCGCAUCCUGCAGGUGAAGUUGUUCAGGUCACUCAACUAUCUGCUCUACGUGUCCAACUUUUCCCUGGGAUCCUCCCAGCCUGUGCAUCGAGAGGUCAGCUGCCUUGGAGACCACCUGUUCUUCAGCUCUGGCAAUAAAGUCUUCAAGGUGCCAAUCAAGGGUCCCGGAUGCCGUCACUUCCUGACCUGUAAAAAAUGCCUCCAAGCCGAGCCCUUCAUGGGCUGUGGUUGGUGUGGGAAUGUCUGUGCCCGGCAACAGGAGUGUCCAGGUACUUGGCAGCAGGACUCCUGCCCCCCCAUUAUUACUGAGUUCCACCCCAAAGCCGGACCCACAAGGGGCAGCACGAAGCUGACAAUAUGCGGCUCUAACUUUCACAGCCACUCCCAGAAUCUGGCUCCAGAGGGUCCUCAGAAAGUCACGGUGGGCCAGAGCCCCUGCAAAGUGCCUCCUGCAGCUACCUCAUACAUGCCCUUUAAGAAGAACUAUGUGGAACAGCUGGAGUGUUUGCUGGAGGCUUCGAGUUCCCAGGCUCCUGGUCCUGCCAACGUCACCCUCAGCAUCUUUGGGGAACCUACCAAAUUUCACUUUCAGCUGAAUGGCUCUUCUGUCCUGGGCGGGUUCUCCUUUGUGGAGCCAGUGGUGACGUCCAUUUUGCCAUUAUUUGGCCCUCGAGCUGGGGGCACUGAACUCACCAUCAAAGGGCAAAAUCUGAAUGUGGGUUCCAGUCACCUGGUGCUGAUUAAUGGGACUGAGUGCACCCUUAAACAGAUGGAAGAACAAAGGCUUCUGUGUGUCACGCCGCCGGGGAGGGACGUGGCCAAUGUCUCCAUCAGCUUGUCCAUUGGAGGUUCCAAUAUCUCUAUCCCGUGGCUCUUCCAGUAUCGGGACAAUCCCCGAAUCUUCAGCAUCUCCCCCAAUUGCAGCUAUCCCGGCUCCCGCAUUACCAUCCAAGGGCAGAAUUUGGACGCCGUCUGGCAGAUGACUCUCGCCUUCGAGGAUGGGCACAGGACAAAGGAGCGCUUGGAGUGCUUCAAUGAGACUCUCCCCACUGAGCGCGUGUGCUGGGCUCCUGCCUACGCCCACCUGCCGGACCUGGAGCAGGCGCAGGGCAACCUGAGCAUCAGUGGGGACGGCUCUGUUCUCUACUUCCACCCCGACUUCCCCUUCUACCCCAAGCCACAAGUCCACCCGCAGCUGGGCCCCCUGAAGAUUGACCACGGCACUGUGGAAAUAAAGUUUCCUGGGCUGAGUGCCGUGGCUUCCUGCAUGGAGGUGAACAUGACCGUGGGUGGCCAGAGCUGCCGGGCCAACCUGAAGAAUAACCCCGUGAUCUGCUAUGUUCCUCCCUCCCUGUCCAUCCCCCGCAGUGGAGCUCCCCUGCAGAUCUGCCUGAAUGGGGAAUGUUGGCGCCUCAGUAACGUGAUACCAAGCUCCUCAGAGCUCCCCCAAGCCUUCAUCAUUGUGUUCUUAAUCAUCACCAUGCUGGUGGUCUGCUUCCUGUCCUUGCUGCUCUUCAAGCUGUGGAGGAAGAAGAAUAAGAGGCAGGAAAUCUCUCUUCAAAUAGACCCAAGAGGAUCUCUGGACAGGAGUCAUCGCGCUGUCUCCCUGCCCCUGCUCCGAUCAGGCUCUGAUUACAGGAAUGGCACUGAACCUGGCCCUGUUCAGCCGAUAUCAUCCACGGGCAGCAGCAGCGGUUGUGGGGUUCCCCUCCUUCGGGUCAAGUCCAUCUGUGUGGCCAAACUGAGUUCGGAGCUCCUGGCCGAGGUGAAGGAUGUCCUCAUCCCUCCUGAGAGGAUACUUAUACACGACGACCAAGUCAUUGGCAAAGGACACUUUGGAAUUGUCUACCAUGGGGAAUAUGUGGAUUCUUCUCAGAAUCGAAUCCAUUGUGCCGUCAAAUCACUGAAUCGGAUCACAGAGCUGGAGGAGGUGGAGGCGUUCCUGAGGGAGGGCCUGCUCAUGCGGAGCUUCUGUCACCCGAACGUCCUGUCCCUCACCGGCAUCCUGCUGCCCUCCGAGGGGCUCCCCAGCGUGGUGCUGCCCUACAUGAAGCACGGGGAUCUGCGGCACUUCAUCCGCUCCCCCGAGAGGAAUCCCACAGUGAAGGACCUCAUUGGCUUCGGGAUCCAGGUGGCCCGAGGGAUGGCCUACCUGGCGGAGAAGAAAUUUGUUCACAGAGACCUUGCAGCUCGGAACUGCAUGCUGGAUGAGACGUUUACAGUAAAGGUGGCUGACUUUGGCCUAGCCCGGGACAUUGUGGACAAGGAGUACUACAGCAUCAGGAAGCACAGUCACGCCCGGCUACCGGUCAAGUGGAUGGCUCUGGAGAGUCUGCAGACCUACAAGUUCACUACCAAGUCGGACGUGUGGUCCUUUGGGGUCCUCCUUUGGGAGCUGCUGACUCGAGGGGCAUCCCCAUAUCCCAACAUCGAUCCCUUUGACAUUGCCCAUUUCCUGGCACAAGGCCGACGUCUACCCCAGCCCGAGUACUGCCCUGAUGCCCUGUAUUCAGUGAUGCUCCAGUGCUGGGAUCCCGUCCCCACAGAGCGGCCAGCCUUCGGGGUGCUGGUGAGGGAGGUGGAGUGUGUCUCGGCCUCCCUCCGGGGGGAGCAUUAUGUCAACCUGCACAGCGGCUACGUGAACCUGGAGUGUGGCCGUAGCUUGCCCCCCUGCCCCAGCUCUGAAGAUGAACUGGACCACAGUGAGGAGGAAGAGAUGGGACCUGAGGAGUCAGGGAAGAAGGAUGAGGGAAAGGAGGCCUCCAAGCAAGUCGGGGGUCGCCGGCCCCUCUCGGCACCUCCCCUCACUACAUGACAACUGCUCUUGGGAAGGAUGCCCUCUGAAUUGGGACAAGGACCUUCCCAAAGCGAUAUAGGUGGCCCGAGGGAUAGCCUACCUGGCCUGGAUCUGGGGGCUUAGGACCCAGAGCGGGCAGCUCAGGGAAACUGAGGGAAGGAAGAGCAAGGCCAACAGACAGAGCCCCUGGCCUGGUCUGACUCAGGGCUCCCCAGCUCUUGGUGCUGGAGAGAAAUGCAAACAUUUCAAGGCCCAUCCUGGCUGCUGUCCUUGUUCGGGAGCCCUGGUCCAGCUCCAUGCUUAUAAUUGAGGUGGUUAAGGGACAGGGGGAGGACAGGUCAUCCUUCCCCUCCUUCCCUCUGAGGAAAGAAUGGGGACAGGACCUUUUUCAAAUGGUGUGAAAAGAGGCACAGAGCUGUCAUUCACCAGCUCUAAUACCUACAGAGGAUCAGGGGCAGGCCCCCUAUCUCCCUUCCUCUCCAGGCAUGGUGGUCCCUUAGUGGUUAUAACCACCACUUCAUUUCUUUUGAGACCCCUUAAAUGUUCAGCCAGUUUGGGGAAGAGCUGGCCUUACAGAGUGCUUGAGGAUCCUACAAAUACUUCCUCCCACCGAUGCCUGAACUUUCAUCAUUAUAUUUUCAUUCAUUCCUUGACCUUUUAUUGAAAAAAACAUUAUUCUGGAAUCCCACCUUCUGUAAGAAUAAUCCCUCCCAGGUCCUCCUUAAUUUGAGUGUUUUCCCUCUGAGACCAUCCCUGAUUUAUGCUGUUGUUUGUAUAUAAUUGUCUUCAUGUUGUCUCUGUCAUUAAAUUAUGAGCUCCUUGAGAGCGGGACUGA